GGAGGCUGUGUGCUGCUUGCAGAAAAACAAAAACUCUAAAUAGGAACAUCGAAGUUAAACACUCUGUUCUGUUGGUUGACUCAGCCAAAAUCAGCCAAUUUUUUCAGCAGAUUCUCUCUUACAGAUCAUUAUUAAAUCAACCGAAACUAAUCAACUUUCCCACCAGCCGAAUGGAGUGAAAAUGGCUUUCUUCGUCGUUUGCAUUUCCUCGCUUCUGAUCAUCUCUAUCUCUUGGUAUGUGUUCCAGCUGCUCGCCGCCCGCCGCCGCAAGCUUCCUCCUGGCCCCACACCGCUCCCAUUCAUCGGCAACCUCCUCGACGUCGCGAGCGAGCUGCCACACCGCUCCCUGGCACGCCUCGCCAGACGCCACGGCCCCCUCAUGACGGUCCGUCUAGGCACGCUAGUCGCCGUCGUCGCCUCAUCUCCGUCCACCGCCCGCGAGGUCCUCCAGACGCACAACGGCAGCCUCACCGGCCGCAGCCCGCCGGACGCAUGGCUCGCCUUGGGCCACGCUGCCAACUCCGUCUUCGUCCUCCCGCCGGGCCGCAUGUGGCGCGCGCUGCGCAGGAUCGGGACGGAGCACCUGCUCUCAGCGAGGCAGCUCGACAGCACGCGGCUGCGACCGGUGCUGCGGGACGCCGUCCUCGACCUUGUCCGCCGCGUGUCGGGGAUGGCGGCGGCGGGGCGGCCCGUGGAGGUCGGCCGCGCCGCGUUCGCGGCGAUGAUGGACCUCCAGUGGCGAGCCAUGUUCUCGGCAGGCCUGGAUGACGCGGCGGCGCGCGCGCUGCACGACGCCGCGCGGGAGGCCGUGGCGCUGUCCCUGAAGCCCAACGUCUCGGACUUCUUCCCGGCGCUCGCCGCGGCCGACCUCCAGGGCGUGCGGCGCCGCUUCGCGAGAAGGGUUGCGAUGGUUUACCAGAUGAUCGACGAGCAGAUCGAGCGGCGGAUGCGGAAGCGGCCGGAAACUGGCGGUGGGAGCUCGGGCGAGAAGGACCUGUUAGACGUGGUGCUCGACAUCUCGGAGCAAGGGAAGGGCGACGGCGUAGUGAUCGUCAACAGAGAAGUGAUAAGGACAUUUCUCACGGACAUAUUUCUGGCGACGGUCGACACAAUCUCGAGCACAAUCGAGUGGGGAAUGGCAGAGCUACUACAGCACCCCGACGCGAUGAGCAAGGUGCAGGAAGAGCUCAGGAGUGUUCUCGGGUCCAAGGCACUCGUGGAACACCCCGACGUCGACCGUCUCCCCUACCUCCGAGCAGCCAUCAGGGAAACGCUCCGGCUGCACCCGGUGGUGCCGCUGGUGCCGAACGAGGCAGAGGAGACGGUGGAGAUCCAGGGCCACGCCGUGCCCAAGGGCUGCACCGUGCUGGUGAACCUCUGGGCGGUGCACCGCGACGCCGCGGCGUGGCCGGAGCCGGACUGGUUCAUGCCGGAGCGGUUCCUGCGGCGGCGUCCUGAGGAGGCCGGCUUCUUGGGGACCACGGAGUUCGAGUUCAUCCCGUUCAGCGCCGGGCGGCGCGUCUGCCUCGGGUUGCCGCUCGCGACACGGAUGGUCCACGCCAUGCUCGGUUCGCUGCUUCACCACUUCGAGUGGGCACUCCCGGGGGAGGUGAAGGAAAAUGGGGUGGACAUGGCGGAGAGUCUGGGGUUGACGAUGAUUAUGGCUACCCCGCUGCAAGCUAUAGCGAAGAGUGUGCGCUAGAUGACGCCUAGCUGGAUUUAAUUUGGAUUAUUAUUCGAGCUGUAGCUGUGUGCUGCUUUGUGGGCGUGGUCUCUGUUGUUUCUUCUCCCGAAGUACAAGGCACGUGCAUGUAUUGUCAGAUAGUAUGUACAUUGCAACUUCAUUGCAGGAUGUCAAAUAAAUACAGUCUAUGCAUGGUGAGUUCAUAAUAA